GUGUUUGAGGCAGCUGAGGCUCCAAACAUGAUGGAGACCGGAGCACCGGGAGGCGUGGAACCGGAGCAGACAGCGGCCCAGAAGCAGCUGCUCCGCCGGAGACAGGAGCUGGACUACUGGAAGAACAACAUGGCCCGGAUCCGGAGGAGGAACCGGAUGACCGGACUGAGCAUAGGCGCGUUUGUGCUGGGAAUGUUCACUUACACCAUCCUGUCAGUCAAACAGGAGAGAAUCAUGGACGAAGUGGACGAUGAAGCCAGGAUCCACAUCAUACGAGGACCACGGACUGGAGCUAACUCCUAGACACACCAAACAUGGACUAUCUGGACUCUCCU